AUGCAUUGGUCGACUCUUUUCAUCGCCGCACUGGCUGCGCCGGUCUUGUCUCACAGCCACGGCCACAACCACAAACACAGGAGAAGGGCAUGUUCGGGGGCGAAGCCGACCGUGGCCACAUACGCGGCGGCAGCAGUUGAGACGGUGCAGACGGCACCCGUAGUUGAGGCCGUUCAAUCAGCGUCGCCAGCGACCGAGGCCGUGCAGUCGUCGGCACCGGUAGUCGAGACCGUGCAGUCGGCAUCGCCUGUAGUUGAGGAUGUCAAAGCAGCGCCGGUAGUUGAGGCUGUGCAAUCGGCGUCGCCGCUGGUCGCCGCUGUGCAAAAGGCUGAGGAGGUCACCCAAGUUACUGGAACGAUCAUCCCGGCGGUUAGCGAAACCACGCAGUCUGCCGCGCCCGCAGUACAGACUCCCGGCCGCGCCACUUGGCUAUGGCAGUCGAACUUGAUCCAGGACAGCGCCCAGGUCGACGACUUCUUGUCCUUCGCCGAUUCCAACGACAUCAUGACCGUGUACGCCCUCAUCGACCGUGGUAUGGGCAACGAGGUCUUCUACGACUUUGUUGCGCGCUGCAACGCCAGCGGAAUUGUCGUCGAGGCCUUGAUGGGAAAUUCCCAGUGGAUUCUUGGACAGGGCGAGCCGACUUUCCAGUCCCAGCUCGACUGGCUGGAGCAAUACCAAGGAAGUGCUGACGCCAGCUCCAAGUUCGCCGGAAUCCACAUCGACGUCGAGCCAUGGGGUCUUGAUGGGUGGACAUCCAACAAGGAGACUUACGUCGCAUCCUUCCAGUCCAUCAUCACACAACUCAAGUCUUUGGGUUCGUCCCUCGGACUGCCAGUCGCUGCCGACCUGCCUUACUGGGCAGACAAGAUCAUUUGCCCGGACACCGGCAAGGGUCUUGACGUCUGGGCGCUCGAGAAUCUGGACACGGCAACAUUCAUGACGUACCGCAACACGGCCGAGGAGCUUCUCGAGGUUGCCACCGCCGUCCUCGAGGCCGGCAACGCAGCAGGAAAGCCUGUCUGGCUGGCCGUCGAGACCGUCGCAGCUGCUGAAGCGUACCUGAUCAGCUACGUCGGCAAGAGCUCCGCCAACCUCUUCACUGAUCUCACCACGAUCAAGACGACGGCUGCCAAGUACACCAGCUUCGCUGGUAUUGCCAUCCACGACUACGACGGAGUUAAGGCCCUCAGCUCCUAG